AGGCACACAAGGUGCCAAACCAUAUACACACAUGAAUAAAAUAGAUCGAAGUCUCUUCCGGGCUGCGUUUUUUGUCCGUUUUUUAGUCCGUUUAUUUCCUUCUGUUAGUGUCAUGUUGAAGUUAGGAGUCUUUGGUGGCUUAGCUGCCGUGCUCAGAGGCUAUUUUGCCUUUGAAUGGCACACGGUCGGUGCUGCAGUAGCGGUGGCAUACUUGGCGACUGGAGGGUGGAGGUUCGCUAAGGUUAUUGUACGGACACUCCCACGUGAUUUGCGAGGACUAAUUGCACUCGUCCGUCUUAGGUUGACUCUUAUGAAACGUCAGCGUAAUCGAGAACUGGUCCAUAAUGUAUUUGAAGCCCGCGCUAAACGACACCCAAACAAAAUCGCCUUUCGGUUUGAAGACCAGAGCUGGACCUUCAACGAUGUCAACAACUUCGCCAAUGCCAUCGCUAAUUAUUUCUUCGAGAAGGGUCUACAAAAGGGAGAUACGGUCGCUAUAUUCAUGGAGAGUCGGCCAGAGUUUGCCUGUUACUGGCUGGGCUUGUCUAAGAUAGGCGUUAUCGGGGCGUUGAUUAACUUCAAUCUGCGUGCGGAAAGUUUAGAGCAUUGUAUCAAUGUUGCUGGACCCAAGGCUGUGAUUUAUGGAGCUGAGCUUACAGACGCAAUCAGAGACAUCAGGCCCAAGAUAGGUCGCGAUGUAGCGUUCUACAGUACGGGAGGAUACCAAGAUGCUGGAUUCGCUGCUGUCAACCUUGACCCCGAAUUAAAGAAAACAUCAACUCUUCCUGCCCCUGUCAUACUCGGCCGCAAGUUUACAGAUAAGCUUUUCUAUAUCUACACUUCUGGAACAACAGGCCUACCUAAAGCAGCAAUCAUCACUCAAAUCAGGUUCAUGUACAUGGGAUACGGUAUCCGAUAUGGCUUCCACUGUAGAUUCGACGACGUGAUUUACAACACGCUUCCACUGUACCAUUCCGCCGGAGGGAUCGUUGGGAUGGCUCAGGUCAUCCUCAACGGAUCCACCAUGGCCAUCAGGAAGAAGUUCUCCGCUAGCAGAUUUUGGGAUGACUGUAUCAAGUACGAAGCAACGAUUGUGCAAUAUAUCGGUGAGAUAUGCCGUUAUGUCCUCGCUCAACCAGCUAAGCCAGUGGAUACCCAACAUAAAGUCAGAAUGGCUAUCGGUAACGGAUUCAGACCCCAGAUCUGGGAGGAGUUCCAGUCUCGCUACAACAUCAAAGAGGUAGCCGAGUUUUAUGGAGCAACGGAAGGCAACAGUAACAUCGUGAAUAUAGACGGCAAGGUUGGAGCUGUCGGGUUCAUCUCUCUGCUGGUCCCAUCCGCUCUGCCGAUCGUUCUACUCAAAGUGGAUGAAGGCACUGGUGAUUUAAUUCGUGGACCCGAUGGACUUUGCAUCAAGUGUAAACCAGGUGAAACCGGCCAUUUGAUCGGCAAGAUCAAGGCAGGAGAUCCUAUUGCUGGCUUCGAUGGCUACGUCAACAGACAAGCAACAAGCAAGAAGAUCGCUUACGACGUCUCCAGAAAAGGAGACCAGGCUUUCCUCUCAGGUGACAUCUUGCAGAUGGAUGAAGACGGAUAUUUGUUCUUUAAGGACCGUUCUGGGGAUACUUUCCGUUGGCGUGGCGAGAAUGUCUCAACGUCGGAAGUCGAGGGUAUCAUUCAGAAACACAUCCAGCUGAACGAUGCAGUGGUGUAUGGUGUUGAAGUACCAGGACUUGAAGGAAGGGCUGGUAUGGUGGCCAUUGUUGACUCGAACGGAACUCUUAAUCUUGCGGCAUUGAACGAGAGUCUCAAGAAAUCUCUGCCAGCGUACGCUCGGCCGAUCUUCAUCCGUAUCAUGCAAGAACUAGAUACGACAGGUACCUUCAAGUUGAAAAAAGUUGAACUUCGCAAAGAGAGUUUCAACCCCAAGUUGGUCAAAGGUGACAAGUUGUUCUUCAUGAACGGCAAGGAGUUUGUUCCACUCACAGAAAGUGUCUUCAGCGACAUCGUAGCCGGGAAAAUUAGGAUAUAGAAAGGUCAUCUGAGGUCGUUGCUGCAAAGGUCAAGUUAUGCAGGUCAAACAUUCAACAUCAUAGCUGGGAGGUUUAGGAUAUUGGAAAGGACCAAAGAGUUAAAUAUAAGAACUAGAGGGCGCACUGGUGAUGCUUCUUGCACAAAUGUGACGGGACCGCAACUUACAAAAUGGCCGC